GCUGCCUGAUUUAUUCCCGUCCAGGAGAAGGAGUGCGAGCCCUCGGGUCUGAACCGCCCCAGCGCCGGGUCCCGCGCCCUCGUCCCCCCGCCAUGCCGUGUCCCCGUCUGCUGGCCGCGCUGUGCGGCGCGCUCUUCUGCGCCUCCGGACUCUUCGCCUUCUCCGGUGACUUCUGUGACUCCAGCCAGUGCCUGCAUGGUGGGACCUGCUUGUUGAAUGAGGAGAAAACCCCCCCCUUCUACUGCCUCUGCCCCGAAGGCUUCAUGGGCCUCCUAUGCAACGAGACGGAACAUGGUCCCUGUUUCCCAAACCCCUGCCACAAUGAUGCUGAGUGCCAGGUAACCGACUCCCUCCGAGGGGAUGUCUUCACCCAUUACAUCUGCAAGUGCCCCCUUGGAUACGUGGGCACCCACUGUGAGAGCACCUGCACCUCGCCGCUGGGCAUGCAGACGGGCGCCAUUGCCAACUCCCAGAUCUCUGCCUCGUCCAUGCACUUGGGCUUCAUGGGUUUGCAGCGCUGGGCCCCGGAGCUGGCCCGCCUGUACCAGACGGGCAUCGUCAACGCGUGGACAUCCAGCAACUAUGACAAAAACCCCUGGAUCCAGGUGAACCUGCUGCGGAAGAUGCGGGUGACAGGCGUGGUGACCCAGGGGGCCAGCCGCGCAGGGAGUGCUGAGUACCUGAAGACUUUUAAAGUGGCCUACAGCAACGAUGGGCGCCAAUUCCAGUUCAUCCAGGCUGCAGGGUGGUUAGGAGAUAAGAUAUUUGUGGGUAAUGUGAACAACAGCGGCCUGAAGAUCAACCUGUUUGAUAGCCCCUUGGAGGUGCAAUAUGUGAGACUGGUGCCCAUCAUCUGCCACCGGGGCUGCACCCUCCGCUUUGAGCUCCUUGGCUGUGAGUUGGAUGGAUGUACUGAACCCCUAGGCCUGAAGGAUAAUACCAUCCCCAACAAGCACAUCACAGCCUCCAGCUACUACAAAACCUGGGGCCUGAGUGCCUUUAGCUGGUUUCCCUACUACGCACGACUGGAUAAUUGGGGCAAGUUCAACGCCUGGACCGCCCAGACCAACAGUGCCUCUGAGUGGCUGCAGAUUGACCUGGGCUCCCAGAAGCGAGUGACCGGCAUCAUCACCCAGGGUGCCCGAGACUUUGGCCACAUUCAAUAUGUGGCUGCCUACAGGGUGGCCUACAGUGAUGAUGGUGUGACCUGGACUGAGUACAAGGAUCCGGGGACCUCGAAAAGCAAGAUUUUCCCUGGUAACAUGGACAAUAAUUCCCACAAGAAGAACAUAUUUGAGACGCCGUUCCAUGCUCGCUUCGUGCGCAUCCAGCCCGUGGCCUGGCACAACCGUAUCACCCUGCGCGUGGAGCUGCUGGGCUGUUAGUGGUAGGCCCGGCCGCAGUGACCGGAAGGGCCCUGGGGCAGAUGCUCCUUUCUGUGGACCUGCUGCCUCCUCCGCCUUGCCCUCCUGAUUGUAGCUGACCUGGGGCAGGCAGUGUCUCCCUCCCAGUCACCUCUCCGUCCCUCCUCUUCCCUUGCCCCCUCCCAGGGGUCUCUGGCACCCAGUCCUCAAGCCAUCCCAUUUGCUUAGGCACGGUGGGAGCUGAGUAGGUCUGGGAUGGACAGGGAAGGGCAAAGUACAGAGCGUGGGUGACCUGUGCCUCUCAAGGUCCCCAUGUCCAGCCCCCGUGUCCUCCCUGCACCGCUCCCACAGCCCACACCCCCAGGGCCCUGGAGGAAUAAACAGGCCCUGAGGCCCCAGGCUGGAGAGAACAGCCCGAGGCAUGACGCUGCACUCCUGGCCCCCGAGAUGUCCCCUUCAUCCCCUCCCACCCCCCACAGACGCCUCUUGACUCACUGUCAUCCUGAAGCCUAGAAAGAGGUGGAAGGUGGGGUGGGGUGGGUCUGUGGAGUGACGGUGGAGGAGGCGGAUGAGCACGGAGAAGGCGGGGAGCCCCUCUGUGCUGGUUCUUUACCCCAGAGUAUACAGGCAGCUUCCAAAAUAUAUUUAUAUCACCCUCUGAA